AUGUACUUUCAACGAACCCGACUUGCUCAUACUGUUCUUUUCCCCUUCCCAGUCAACUUUAGAGGAUCAGAGCAUGGAAACAGCUCGAAAACUAGUUCCACGGGUCAGAUCACAAGCAGCGUACAAACUGACGAAGCUUUUUCCUGCUUUUCGGCCGACCACUUCGAGGUCACAUUAUCAUACAACUCUCUCUCCAAAUCAACUUUCAGGAUUGGCAAGCAGAAUAAGAAUAUUGUCAGUGAACAAGAAGAAGGAAGUCGGGACCACUCAGAAAAGCAAAAACGCUUGCCUAUAUCAGACUUUGAACGAACUCCGAAGAAGUAG